UGGAUCGGAGGGUCGAGCAGGGAGGGCUGGGAGAGGUGCCGAGACUUACUCGCAGCCGAACUCAGGGGUUGGAAUGGUGUGCAGUGGAUCGGAGGGAGGAGCAGAGGGGGUUGGGAGGAUAUGCACUGGAGGGGAGAGACGAGCAGGGGGGGUUGGAGGAGGUGCCUAGAUUCACUCGCAGCCGAACCGAGGGGAGGGAUGCUGGUGAUGGUGAUGGUGAUGGUGAUGGUGAUGGUGAUGGUGAGGGUAGCAGCGGCGGCAAUUGGGGGGUCGGUGUCAGACAAACUGCCCCAGGGAUUGUCGGCCACGGCAGCGAAAUGGGCUUUAAGAACGGACGUGGCCGCGGCAGUGCAGCCAGUGGUGGCAGUGGAAGCAGUGGCGGCAGUGGCGGCAAUGGCAGUGACGGUGGCGGCAGUGGCAGUGGUGGCAGUGGCAACGUCGGCAGAGGCGGCAGUGAGGGAAUGCGUGGCUUCACUAAGCACUUCGAGAGGCUCAGAGCUGCGAAACAGCGCGAGAAGGAGCAGCAGGUGGGGGCGCGGCAGGGGGGGGAACAGCAGGCGGGGGGCGCAGCAGGGGCAGCAGGCGCAGGGGCAGCAGGCGCAGGGGCAGCAGGCGCAGGGGCAGCCUCGUACUCAUUGUAAGUCACUGAGUGGGACUCUACAGCGGAUAGCAACUGUAGCCGCUGCUGCCUCUGCUGAUACUUCCGCUUCUGCCGCUUCUCCUUCCCCACUACUCCUCAACCCCGCCCCCCCUCUCUCCCACACUCUCUCGCACACUCCCUCGCCGACUCUCUCACCCACUCUCUCACCCACUCUAUCACCCACUCUAUCACCCCGCGCCUCACUCCCUCCCUCUUCCCCUACCCCUCUCAGCCCCUCGUCCUCCCCCUCAAUCCCGCCCCUCUCUUCCACCCUUAAAGCCUCCUCCUUACUCCGACGACCUGGCACCGUUCCCCUCGCUUCCCCUUCCGCCCUUCCCCGCGCCUCCCCCUCCGCCCUUCCCCGGACGCCCCACUCUUCCCCCAGAUGCCCCUCCCCCGAAUCCGCCUCCCCUGGCCUCCCCUGCCCGCGCUCCCACCCAGGCUCAAGUCAGGGCAAGCCUCGCACGUCCCCCUUGCUACGGUCGCUAGGCUCGGGUACUUUCGCCAACGUAUAUUCUUUUAGUCUGUGGCAAGAAGGGCACGAGGAGGAGGGGCAGGAGAGGGAGGAGCAGGAGGAGGAGGGGCUUUUGAGUCGACCGAAAGGCUCGGGUACUUCUAACAACGCGUACUCGUUUAGUUUGUGGCAGGAAGGGCAGGAUAAAGUGGGGCAGAAAAAGGAGGGCGGGCAGGAGGAAAAAGAAGGGGAGGAGCAGAAGGGGGAGAAGGAGAAGGUGCAGCAGGAGGAGCCGGAGGAAGGGGGAAGAGAGAGGAGCGAGAGGCGUGAGCAGCAGCAGCAGCAGCAGCAGCAGCAGCCAAGCAUCUCACCAGCGCGUCUCUCUAUCCGCUCCUCUCCCAAGAUCCGACCCUUGAUUAACCCCUCCUCCUCUCCAGAGUCCCCCAAGCCUCGGAACUACCCUCUGCUGCGCUCCCCUGGGUCGGUAACCCGCUUGACCCUUCAGCCGACCCAAAGGUCGCCUCCUCGCCUGUUGCGCUCCCCUGGCUCUGAAAGGCGCUUGGCCCUUGAGCUCACCGAAAGGUCGCCUCCUCAGCUUCUGUGCUCCCCUGGAACAGCCAGGCAUUUCACCCUGACUAGAAAAUCAGCCCUUGCGGGGCAGGAGGAGGGGCAGAACGGGCAGGUGGAAGCGAGAGAUGCGGAGAGAGGGGAGGUGGAAGGGGAAGAUGAUACGAAUGGAAUGGGGGAGAGAGGGGAGCGUGGACAGAUGGAGAGAGAGGGGGGGGAAGGGGGAGAGUACGAGAAUGGAGUGAGGGAGAGAGGAGUGGGGGUGAGAGAGGUGGAGAGAGUGGAAGCGGAAGAGCAGCGCACGCCCAAGGGGUUCUCAGGGUUCUUUGAGGAGCUCAAGAGGAAACGGCUUGCAGAGAAGCAGCAGCAGCAGCAGCAGCUCGCAGGCUUGGAAGCAGGCUCGGGGGCAGGCUUGGGGGCGGUCGAUGAGACAGGUUUGGACGAGAGGGGUGGUGAAAGAGGGAGGGACGAACAGGCCGAAGGACAAGUAUGCCCCCAUCCCCAUGCCCCUCCGCCCCGCCUUGACCCUUCCCAGCCCGACGAACCCCUUCAUCAAGUGUCGUCUGAGUUUCCCCAUAGGGCCGACGGACCCCCUCGCCAUGCCCCAGGGCAGCAGAGCCAGGAUCUGCAGAACACGCUGCCCGGAUCAUUGUUGCGAUUAGGGUUGGUGGGGCUGGGAGCGGGGCUGGAGCUAGAUGCAGAGGGGCAGGAAGACGCAGAGGGGCCAGAGGAGUUUGGUUUCCAGGGGUCGCUGGAUGGAGGCGGCUAUAGUGCCACGUUCGGUAGGCCUAGCAGCAGCAGCCGCAUUCGCAGAGGGGCCAGAGGGGCAGAGGGCGCAGAGGCCCCAACGUCAGAAGGCGCAGCAGAGGAGCCAGAGGAGUUUGGUUUCCAGAGGUCGCUGGAUGGAGGCGGCUACAGUGCCGCGUUCGGUAGGCCUAGCAGCAGCAGCCGCAUCUGCAGAGGGGCCAGAGGCGCAGAGGGCGCAGAGGGCACCAAGACCCCAUCAUCAGAAGGCGCAGCAGAGGAACCAGAGGAGUUUGAUUUCCAGGGGUCGCUGGAUGGAGGCGGCUAUAGUGCCACGUUCGGUAGUCUCAGCAGCAGCAGCCCUGGCAGCAACACGUUUAGUGGGUUCAGCAGCAGCAGCAGCAAUCACAGUACCAGCAGCACCAUCAGCAGCCACACUGCCCCUGCUGCCCUGUUUCCUCCAGCUGCUGCUGCUGGCCCUGCUGCUGCUGCUUCCAGUGACUUAGCUUCGGCUAGUGCAGGAGCAGCAGGGACAGGACGCAUCCCCAGGGCCACUACCAUCCAACGAGGUAACGCCUCCCCCAGACGCAGCCCUGCAGGUAACGCCUCUCCCAGACUCAGCCCUGCAGGUAACGCCUCCCCCAGGCGCAGCCCUGCAGCACCAGGCAUCGUUUCUUGGUCUGCUGGUGCUGGUGGUGCUGGUGCUGCUGGUGAUGCUGAUACUGCUGCUGAUGGUGCUGCCGACACUGCUGCCACAAGCAGUUCUUCCCCCCUCCCAGUCCAGGAAAUCUCUUUCUGCCUGGGAAUCGCGACCAAAGCAACAAAAACGGCGGGUACUGCUGGUACUGUUGGUACUGCUGGUACUGUUGGUACUGCUGGUACUGUUGGUACUGUUGGUACUGCUGGUACUGCCGGUACUGUUGGUACUGUUGGUACUGCUGGUACUGUUGGUACUGCUGGUACUGCUGAUACUGUUGGUACUGUUGGUACUGCUGGUACUGCUGAUACUGCUGGUACUGUUGGUACUGUUGGUACAGCUGGUUCUGCUGUUGGUGAUGAUGGUGCUGCCGAGAAUGCUGCUACUGGCCUUCCUCCCACGCUCCCAAUCCAAGAAAUCUCUUUCUGCCUGGGAAUCGCCGCCUACGCAACAAAAGCAGCAGACGCAGCAGGUGCUGUUGGCUCCUCGCCCCCCCGUUCCCCCAGGAGUUUUCCCAGAGAUAUCCCCAGGUGUUCCCCCAGGUGCUCCCCCAGGUCUUCCCCCAGGGGCAAUAGCGCAUCUUUUAAGAUGUGGACACCUGAGGUGGACCCUGAGGCGGCUCAGAAGAGCAGGAUAGAGAACCUGCAAAAGCACCUGAUGGGGCUUCAGGUGCACGGGCUUGUCACUGUUGCUGGUGAUGGUGGUGGUGAUGGUGGUGCUGUUGCUGCUGCUGGUGAUGCUGCUGCUGUUGCCACUCCUAUUGCUGCUCCUGCUGCUGACGUUGCUGCUGCUGCUGCUGGUGAUGCUGCUGCUGCUGCUGUCAAUGUAGCCUCUAGUGCAGCAGCACAAGCGCCACUAGCACGGACUUCAUCAGGGCGAGGCUUAGACGCCAAGCUGAGGGAUUUGGCUAGAGUAGCGUCAGCUGCAGCGACUGUAGUGGUGCCCACAGCAACGCUAACAACAGCUGCUAACCCUGCUGCUGCUGCUGGAAAUGUAAGGUCUGGCGCAGCAGCACAAGCACCACUAGAGCGGGCAGCAUCAGGGCGCGGCUUGGACGCCAAGCUGAGGGAUUUGGCCAGAGUAGCGUCAGCUGCAGCAACUGCAGCCAUGCCCACUGCAACAACAACAACAACACCAACAGGAGCUGCUAGCCCGGCUGCUGCUGCUUCUCCUGCUGAUACUCGUGCUGCUAACCCGGCAGCAGCUGCUUACCCGGCUGCUGCUGCUGCUUCUCCUAGGAGAAAGCUUGACACGUCAGCAGGAGGAGCAGCAAUGACACGAGCAUCCCCAGGGAGGGAUCUGGACUCGAGGCUGAGGAGUCUGGCCCGAGCGGCCUCAGUUGCAACGGCGACAGCAGCUGCAUCUACAGCAGCAGGAGCAGUGGGAGCACGGCCAGAGACGCUUGCAAGGGCACAGACAGCAUCAGCAACCUCUAUUGCAUCAACAGUAGCAGCAGCGGCAGCGGCUGAGAAAGCCCAAGGGAAGAGUGGUAAGACCAGCAGCAGCAACAUCAGCAGCAGCAGCAUCAGCGGCAGCAGCAUUGGCCAGAACGACUGGGGAAGCAAACGGAGUGUGGAAAAAGCAUCGUCCCUGCCCUCUUAUUCACCUACUCCCUCUUAUUCACCAACGUCACUGGGAGCUCUCGACUUAGUACCGUCCAACAAACCACCGAUUUCAGAGCUCGCUGCAAGCGGCGAUGACAGGUACUACAACCAGCAGCAGCAGCAGCAACACAACCACAAGCACCUCAACAACCAGCAGCAUCAGCAGCAGCAGCAGCACGAGAGGCAUGGGUUGAGGGAGCUCUCGAGCUCCUAUGGAGGGGAGAGUGCGUUCUCUGCAGAGUGGGACUCUGAAAGUGGCGAUCAUUUGAGUCACGUUCCCGUAGUCACAGCAGGCGGCCAGGGGGAGGGGGAGGGGAGGGGGAGGAGGGGGAGAGGGAGGGGGAGGAGGGGGAGGAGGGGGAGGAGGGGGGGGAGGAGGGAUGAGCACCCUGAAGCAUUUAUUUGGGGCAUUGAGGCUCAAGAGGGCACCGUCUAGCAGGAGUGUGCGAUUGGACGUGAGGGAAACCCAGUCCCAUGAUCCGACAUUGGCUAGGCGCAAAUCCCAGUUCUCCUGAGUGCAAGAGGCCUUGCUUUGAGGCAUGUACUUGGGGUGUGGUGCUUUGAACCAGUAACUUGGGGUGGGGUGGUGAGGCUCAAGAGGGUCCCUUCUAGCAGGAAUGAGCGCUUGGACGUGAGGGAGACCAAGUCACAUGAUCCGACAUUGGCCAGGCACAAAUCCCAGCUCUCCUGAGUCCAAGAACCCGUGCUUUGAGGCAGGUACUCAAGGUGUUGGAGGCAGUUACUCCAGGCGGGUACUGAAGAGGCUCAAGAGGGCUCCUUGAAGCAGGAGUGUGCGCUUGGGUGUGGUGUGAGGGAGACCAAGUCCCGUGACCCCUUGCUGACUAGGCACAGACCUGAAUUUUUUUCAACAAAUAUAAAUUCUCCUGAGUGUUAUAACGAUCAGGUAACUGGGUUGCUGCAAGCUUGCGUACGAGGGAAAUAUCGUCAAGUUAUUCUCCUCCGUGAUUUUGGUUAUGGGAAAUUCC